GGGGCGUGAUUGGGAGGAACGGCCCCCCCGAUCAGAACUCGAGUGGUGUUUUGUUAUUGGACUUCUGUGCUCGUCACGGACUGUCCAUAACGAACACCUUGUUCAAGCAUAAGGGUGUCCACAUGUGCACUUGGCACCAGGACACCCUAGGCCGUAGUUCGAUGAUCGACCUUGUGGUCGUGUCAUCGGAUUUGCGGCCACAUGUUCUGGACACUCGGGUGAAGAGAGGGGCGGAGCUGUCAACUGAUCACCACCUGGUGGUGAGUAGGCUCCGAUGGUGGGGGAAGAUGCCGGUCCGUCCUGGCAGACCCAAACGUAUUGUGAGGGUUUGUUGGGAGCGUCUGGCGGAAUCCCCUGUCAGAAGGAGUUUCAACUCCCGCCUCCGACAGAGCUUUUCCCAUGUUCCGGGGGAGACGGGGGACAUUGAGUCCGAGUGGACCAUGUUCCGUGCCUCUAUUGUUGAGGCGGCCAAUCUGAGUUGUGGCCGUAAGGUGGUUGGUGCCUGUCGUGGCGGCAACCCUCGUACUCGCUGGUGGACACCAGCAGUAAGGGAUGCCGUCAAGCUGAAGAAGGAGUCUUAUCGAGCCUUUAUGGCCUGUGGGACCCCAGAGGCAGCUGACGGGUACCGACUGGCCAAGCGGAACGCAGGUUCGGUGGUCGCAGAGGCAAAAACCCGAGCAUGGGAAGAGUUCGGUGAGGCCAUGGAAGCCGACUUCCGGACGGCUUCGAGGAAAUUCUGGUCCACAAUCCGACGUCUCAGGAGGGGGAAGCAGUGCACCACUAACACUGUGUACAGUGGGGAUGGGGCGCUGCUGACUUCGACUCGGGGACGUUGUGAACCGGUGGGCAGAGUACUUCGAAGACCUCCUCAACUCCACCAACAUGCCUUCCUUGGAGGAAGCAGAGCCUGGGGACUCUGAGGUGGGCUCUCCUAUCUCUGUGGUUGAAGUCACCGAUGUGGUUAAAAAGCUCCUCGGUGGCAAGGCCCCAGGGGUGGAUGAGAUCCGCCCAGAGUUCCUCAAGGCUCUGGAUGUUGUGGGGCUGUCCUGGUUGACACGCCUCUGCAACAUCGCGUGGUCAACAGGGAGAGUGCCUCUGGAUUGGCAGGCCAGGGUGGUAGUCCCUCUUUUUAAAAAGGGGGACCGGAGGGUGUGUUCAACUAU